AAAAAAAAUAAAUAAAAAAAAAAGUAAAACAAUACAAAACAAAAAUUAAAAAAAAAAUAAACACACCCAGUUCACACACUUGUACAUGCUAUUUGUUAGGAUCCUGUUCAUUCUAUAAACAGAAGAUCAACCAAUAGAAGUGAGAUCAACAAGAUGGGGAACUCAUUGUUUUGUAAUUUUCUACAAAUUGCAAAAUUUUACUCUCUACGAUUCAAUAACAAAUUUUUAAUAUUAUCCAUAAAUCAAUCAAUAGAUAAACAUAUACAUGAAUAUAGUAUUAAUAAUUUUACAAACUUACAUCUUGUUUCUUUAAUAUGAGCAAAAGACAAAGCUAAGAUAAUAUUGCUAAUUUAGGUCUUUUUUUU